GACGAUGAAUGCUCCUUUCCAAGAUGGCGGCGGAGGGAGGAGGGAAGGAGAUGAACGAGAUUAAGACCCAGUUUACCACCCGCGAGGGGCUCUACAAGCUCCUAAGCCACUCGGAGUACAGCCGGCCCAACCGGGUGCCUUUCAAUUCGCAGGGCUCCAAUCCCGUUCGCGUCUCCUUCGUCAACGUCAACGACCAGAGUGGCAAUGGGGACCGGCUCUGCUUCAAUGUGGGCCGGGAGCUUUACUUCUACAUUUACAAGGGGGUCCGCAAGGCUGCUGAUUUGAGUAAACCAAUAGAUAAAAGAAUAUACAAAGGAACGCAACCUACAUGUCAUGACUUCAAUCACUUAACAGCCACAGCAGAAAGUGUUUCUCUUCUAGUGGGCUUCUCUGCAGGACAGGUGCAGCUAAUAGAUCCUAUUAAAAAAGAAACUAGCAAGUUAUUUAACGAAGAAAGACUAAUAGACAAGUCCAGAGUAACUUGUGUAAAAUGGGUGCCUGGUUCAGAAAGUCUCUUCCUAGUAGCUCAUUCCAGUGGCAAUAUGUACUUAUAUAAUGUGGAACACAACUGUGGUACCACAGCUCCACACUAUCAGCUACUUAAACAAGGAGAAAGUUUUGCAGUCCAUACGUGCAAAAGUAAAUCUACACGAAAUCCUUUACUUAAAUGGACAGUAGGUGAAGGUGCCCUAAAUGAAUUUGGUUUUUCUCCAGAUGGAAAAUUCUUGGCAUGUGUAAGUCAGGAUGGCUUUCUUCGUGUAUUUAACUUUGAUUCAGUUGAAUUGCAUGGUACAAUGAAAAGCUACUUUGGAGGACUGCUGUGUGCAUGUUGGAGCCCAGAUGGAAAAUAUAUUGUAACAGGUGGAGAAGAUGAUUUGGUGACUGUCUGGUCUUUUGUGGACUGUCGAGUGAUAGCUAGAGGCCAUGGGCACAAAUCAUGGGUCAGUGUUGUGGCCUUUGAUCCAUAUACAACCAGUGUAGAAGAAAAUGAUCCCAUAGAAUUCAGCGGCAGCGACGAGGACUUCCAAGACCUCCUCCAUUUUGGACGAGAUCGAGCAAAUAGCACGCAGUCAAGAUUAUCAAAAAGGAACUCUACAGAGAGUCGCCCAGUAAGUGUAACGUACAGGUUUGGCUCAGUAGGUCAGGACACACAACUAUGUUUAUGGGACCUAACAGAAGACAUCCUCUUCCCACACCAGCCCCUCUCAAGAGCAAGGACACAUACAAAUGUCAUGACUGCCACAAGUCCCCCCACAGGAAGUGGUGGAGCUAACCCAGGAAGUAAUGGGAAUAGCAUCACAACACCUGGAAACUCUGUACCACCUCCUCUUCCACGUUCCAAUAGCCUUCCACAUUCUGCAGUUUCCAAUUCUGGCAGCAAAAGCAGUGUCAUGGAUGGUGCCAUUGCCUCUGGUGUUAGUAAAUUUGCAACCUUAUCAUUACAUGACCGGAAGGAAAAACACCAUGAAAAAGAUCAUAAGCGAAAUCAUAGUAUGGGACAUAUAUCUAGUAAGAGCAGUGACAAACUGAAUCUAGUUACUAAAACCAAAACAGACCCAGCAAAAACUUUGGGAACGCCUCUGUGCCCCAGAAUGGAAGAUGUUCCUUUGUUAGAGCCUCUUAUCUGUAAAAAGAUAGCACAUGAAAGACUGACUGUGUUAAUUUUUCUUGAAGACUGUAUAGUCACUGCUUGUCAGGAGGGAUUUAUUUGCACAUGGGCAAGGCCUGGUAAAGUGAAGGCAUUUCAUCCUGUGGAGGCAGAAGGGGCUGCUUUUGCUGAGUCUGUCUCUGCAAAAAUGUAUUUGGGGGAGGGCAGUCAUCACAGAAUUGCUUCUUCCCUUUCUGCUGCUGUGAGCCAACUCUGGAAAUCGGUAUGUAUAAUUAUACUUUUAGAAGCAAGAAACACUGGUUCAACCAAACCAUCUUCUUUAGAAGAAGAAAUAAUAAUAAUAAUAAUAAUAAUAAUAAUAAUAAUAAUAAUAAUAAUAAUAAUAAUAAUAAUAGCAGUAGCAGUAAUAGCAGUAGCAGUAAUCACAAUUCUGUAGUAAAAGUGUUGUAGAACUAGAAAGCAGGGGAAAAACAGGCUUUAAAAACAGUUAAUAAUCCUGAGAUCUAAGGAACACAAAGUGCAGAUAAUCCUUUUUUGUUAGUCUAAACCCGUGUCAAGUAAUCCCUCCGAAAUUUUUUCUGUAUGGAGAGUGGAAGCCCCUUGCUUGUGUUUACCUUUGCCUAAUUCUGCAAAAGUCCUCACUUUUUGAAAACAAGUACAAAAUUACAGCUUUUAUAAAAUAAAAUAGCUUGUCAAGUAUCUGGGUAGACUUCAGUGCUAUGCUGAAGCAUUAAAGAACUGAACAGGAACAUUUGGGGAAACUUGUCUCUUCUUACUAUGCAUGACACUCUCAAGCAGUUGUGCAGGUCUUAGUGUUACCAUUUCUUGAUUAGGAAGUUACAUGCAGCCAUCUUUCUGAUUAUGUUUCCAAUUAUAAAAUCUACAAGCUUUUAAAAAAAUAUUCCAAGCUGAAAUUGACCAACAUUCUAAAUUUUUAACUCUUUUUAGUGUUUGAUCUCAUGCAAUUCAAAAGCACUUAAAUUGUACUGUAUUACAAAUUAUUAAUUCAACAUGAACAGAGGUUGCCUUCUUGUCAAAUAUCUAAGCAUACCAAAAAGCAAUAUAUGUUCUGAAUUUUUCCCUUUUGUUUCCAAAAUUGUCAAGUAAUUUGUCCUCAACAUAUGUUAAUGGGAGAUGAAUCUCAGAUUUAGUUUCCAAUGAAAUACAACGUGCUUCUGAUUAUGCAUGUAGAUAAUAAUGUCAGAGUAUAAUGUACAAGGGUUUUUUAUUGUUUAAGGGAUGAAAUCAUAAAAUAUGUUAUUCUAUCAAAUCAGACGUCUUCAUAUUGGGUGUGUUUAGCUUGGUGUUGCCUCUUUGGGAUAGAUAUUAAACAGAAAUAUUUUGUCAUCACCUGUGGGAGAUUGCACAUGACUAUCAACAGGCAAAAUCUGUUCUUGAGCACUCCCUUCUUGAAUGCUCUUAAGAGUAAAACAUGUUUUGACUAUUUGAAGAGAGCUUUCAGACAUCUAAAGGCAAAGUAGCUGCUUUUCAUUCAAUAAAACAAAAAAUACAUAACCUGAAUCAUUAUUUUAGAAGUUUGAAGAUUGACUAGAGAUUCUAUAGUAUUUCAACUCUUUAAUCCAAUCACGAUGCACUUUAUUCAAUAAUGUAGGUGCCUUGUUUUAAAUUACAAGAUCCUAGAAUAAACUUCUAAUGUUCUAGAUACGACUAAAGCCAGUAACUAUAUGAAAUAAUGCUUAUGCCUGAUGAACAUAAACAUUCUUAAAGGAUAUUUUCCAAUCCUUGUUUAGCACAGUACCAUGACUUGUUCCAAACCAGACCAUGCAAACACUGGGUGAGUGUGUGCGUGAAGCUCCACUUGUGUGAAUGGUGGGUGUUCACAUAUGUGCGGGCACACAAAAAAACUCCCAUUUGUGCAAGUGGCAGGCACAUGCACAUACCUGCCGUUGGGCGAGAAUCACCCCCUUCCCCCAUCAAUCCGCCAUGCUGGAAAGAUUGGGAACUACUGCUUUAAUAUUUAUAUGUUGAGAUCCAGAUUGCAUUUGAGAAUUUUACUCAGAAUUUCCUGCUGGAGAGUUUUUUGAGAGGGGGAAUGAAUAAUAGGGUUGGAAGGGACCUUGCUGAUCUUGUCCAACUCUCUGCUCAAGCAGGAAACCCUAUACUCGUGAU